AUGUCAUUCCUUGGAGAUCGACCAAAGAGACCCCUGUCGUCUUGGAUGUUGUGGAUGAAGGAGUCCGGGCGGAAGCAGAUCAAGUCGGAGAAUCCCGGGCUAAGGGUCACGGAAGUGGCUGCCAUGGGCGGUGCACUAUGGCGCAGAAUGGGGGAAUCCGAGAAGUCCCAGUGGAAGAAGUCGGCCAGCGAGGCGAUGGAAAAAUACAAGGAGGAGGUAAAGCUCUGGAAGUCCCAUGCCAAGAUGGAAAAAAAGCAUCUGAAGAAAAGAGGCCUUCCGAAAGCAUCUCAAUUCGCGGAUACCUCGGCAAAGCCGACUUUCUUUGUCUACGACAGCUCAGAUCAUUCCUUUUCUCCGAUCUGCAUGGAUUGCUUCUUAAAGUGUUCGUUGUCCCAUUGGUCAUGA